AUGAACCCCCCCGUCGUCCCGCAAACCCCCGUCAUGACCACCACCAGCUUCCAAAACCUCCCUCCGAGCGAUCAGCGCAACUUCCUCCUCCUCUGCGUCCUCUACUUCCUCCAGGGCGUGCCCAUGGGCCUGGCUACCGGCUCCGUGCCCUUCCUCCUGAAACCAUACCUCUCCUACGGCCAAAUCGGUGUCUUCUCCCUCGCCUCUUAUCCAUAUUCGCUCAAACUCUUCUGGAGUCCCAUUGUUGAUGCCGUGUGGAGCCCAACAUUUGGCCGGCGCAAGAGCUGGAUUACACCCGUCCAGGUGAUUGCCGGCCUGGCGAUGAUCUAUUUGGGCCGCCACAUCGGGGCAAUGAUGGAAGAGGCCGGAGCCAAUGGCGGGGCCGGAGUCUGGAAUUUCACAUAUUGGUGGUUUAUGCUGGUCUUGUUCUGCGCUACCCAGGAUAUUGCUGUCGAUGGAUGGGCCAUUACCCUCAUGUCUCCACCCAACAUCUCCUACGCCUCGACCGCGCAAACCGUCGGCUUGACCGCUGGCCAUUUCCUCUCGUACACCGUCUUCCUCGCUUUCAACUCCAAGGACUUCGCCAACCGCUGGUUCCGAGAUGUCCCCGGCGAUGAAGGACUUCUUUCGUUGGGUGGAUACCUGACCUUCUGGGGUUGGGCCUAUCUGAUUGUGACCCUCGGUCUAGCGUUCCUCAAAAAGGAGGAUCAUACCCGGGAGCGCGACACCAUUAUGGAUGUGUACAAGAGCAUGUGGAGCGUGCUGAAGCUGCGGAAUAUCCAGACUAUCAUUGCUAUCCAUCUCAUUGCCAAGAUCGGCUUCCAGGCCAAUGACGGCGUGACCAGCCUGAAAUUGCUGGACAAGGGUUUCGGCCAAGACAACAUGGCAUUGGUUGUCUUGAUUGACUUUCCAUUUGAGAUCAUGCUUGGCUACUACGCCGGUAAAUGGUCCACUCAGUAUGGCGCCAUGCGGCUCUGGGGCUGGGCCUUCGUCGGCCGAUUGUCCGCCGCCGUGAUCGCCCAAUUCACCGUGAUGAUCUAUCCCAGCGGUCCAACGGUCCCAUUCUGGUACCUCAUGACUGUCAUCUUUGAACAUGUGAUUUCAACCUUUAUGAACACGGUCAUGUUCGUCGCCAUCUCAGCCUUCCACGCCCGUGUUGCAGACCCCGCGAUUGGUGGAACUUACAUGACCCUCCUCGCAACGGUAUGCAAUUUGGGCGGUACUUUCCCCCGCUUCUUCGUCCUCAAGCUGGUGGACUUCUUCACCGAAGCGACCUGUCUUCCCCCCAGCACACCCCCAGCUGCCGAUACGCUGAAGGGUGCGCUUGUCACCUCGCCAUUCUCUUGUGCCUUGGAGCCAGAGAAGAACCGCUGUGUCAACGGCGGCGGAAUCUGCGAGGUCGGUCGGGACGGCUACUACAUGACCAACAUGUUAUGUGUGCUGAUUGGCACGAUCACUUUUGUCAUGUUCAUCAAGCCGGCCGCCACUAAGCUCCAGAACCUGCCUCUCCGAGCGUGGCGGCUGAUGCCCAGCACGCAGCGAGAGUAG